CCCACAGCUCAGAGGCUCCAUGUUGGUCAGGUGACCCAGCAGCAGGCAGGCCAUUCUCGGCGUCUCCUUCGCUUUGGCUCCGAUGUCGGGGGUGUUUGUGCUUGGAAGAAAUGGACUCUGGCAAUGCACGAGUUUGAUCAUUCAGAGGUCCGACCAGCUGAGUCUGUGAAUGGCGCCAAAACAGGACCCUAAACCUAAAUUUCAAGAAGGUGAAAGAGUCCUGUGCUUUCAUGGGCCACUGCUCUAUGAGGCAAAGUGUGUAAAGAUCAACAUAAAGGAGAAGCAGAUUAAAUACUUCAUUCAUUACAGCGGAUGGAACAAAAACUGGGAUGAAUGGGUUCCUGAGAGCAGAGUUCUCAAAUAUGUGGACAGCAACCUUGCGAAACAAAAAGAGCUUCAAAAGGCCAAUCAGGACCAUUAUGUUGAGGGAAAGAUGAGGGGUUUAGCACCAAGCAAGAAGAUUGCUGCUGUGCAGCAGAAAAAUGUUGAUCUGAAAGUGAAAAAGGCAAAACAAAAGACCCCAGGGCCGGGUGAAGGUACCAGCAGCGGAGAAACGCUGCAGGGGCCACGAAAGAAGAGGGCUCGGGUCGAUCCCACUGUGGAGAGUGAGGAGAUGUUCACCAACCGUGUCGAGGUCAAGGUGAAGAUCCCCGAGGAGCUGAAACCCUGGCUGGUGGACGACUGGGACCUCAUCACCAGACAGAAACAGUUAUUUCAUCUGCCAGCCAAGAAGAAUGUAGAGACUGUCUUGGAGGACUAUGCAAAUUACAAGAAAUCGAAAGGAAACUCUGACAACAAGGAGUAUGCAGUGAAUGAAGUGGUGUCGGGGAUUCGUGAGUACUUUAACGUCAUGCUGGGCACUCAGCUGCUUUACAAGUUUGAGAGGCCGCAGUACGCGGAGAUCCUGGCUGAACACCCGGACUUGCCCAUGUCUCAGGUGUACGGAGCUCCACACCUGCUGCGUUUAUUUGUUCGUAUUGGAGCCAUGCUGGCCUAUACUCCUCUGGAUGAGAAGAGUCUGGCUUUGCUGCUGAGUUACCUCCAAGAUUUCCUCAAGUACCUGGUGAAGAAUUCGUCAACCCUCUUCAGUGCCACAGACUAUGAGGUUGCGCCCCCAGAGUAUCACCGCAAGGCUGUGUAGGAGUUCUUAGCACGCAGCAUCAGCCCCCUCUCCCAGACCACAUGUAAAAUAACCAUCACUGCACUUGGAUGAGAUUUUUCACUUGAACUGCUGGCUUCCUCUACAAAGGUCUCAGGAGCUUGUCACGAAUAAGACAAAAAAAUUGAGGAAAACUUUUUUUUAACUUUGUCUCUGCUCUUUUCUCUCCCUUCUUUUUCUUGCACUUCAUUUAAAAAAAAAAACAGAAAAAAAGGUUUUUGUUGGCAGGUUUUCAACAAGCAGCUCUUUUGGUGUUUUUGUGCAUUCCAUCUGAUAGAUAUUUGUUACUGUUGCAUGUGAGUAUUUUUGACUGUUUAUCUUGCCACAUGUGGUGCGAUUCAAAGCUGAACUAUGUGGUUAACACUCAACAGUUAAUGUUUUUUAUAUGUUAAAUGUGUAUUUGUAUACAUUUGUUAAAGAUAUGUUUCUACACAA